GUAGCGGGGUGGGACCUGUGGUUGCAUUGGGCUCUCCUUCUGCUGAGGGUGCCGCCUGAAGACCGUUCCGUGGGCGACGCCGUCGCUAUGACCAUUUGUCAAUUCUUCCUUCAAGGCCGGUGCCGCUUUGGAGACCGGUGCUGGAACGAACAUCCCGGCGCCGGGGGUGCGGGCGGGGGACGGCAGCAACAGCCCUCAGGUAGUAACAGACGUGGAUGGAAUCCCUCCAGCCAGAGAUACUCCAGUGUUAUCCAGCCAUCCAGCUUCUCCAAAUCCACACCAUGGGGGGGCAGCAGAGAUCAAGAAAAGCCAUCUUUCAGUUCUUCGGAUUCUGGAGCUUCAAAUAGCAGGAACAGGGGGUUUGGACUAUCCCAGAAUCCAUUUGCUUCACCCAGCUCUGAUGAGCAGAAAGAUGAAAAGAAACUUCUAGAAGGAAUUAUAAAAGAUAUGGAAGUUUGGGAAUCAUCAGGGCAGUGGAUGUUUUCUGUUUAUUCGCCAGUGAAAAAGAAGCCUAAUAUUUCAGGUUUUACAGACAUUUCACCAGAGGAAUUGAGGCUUGAAUACCAUAACUACUUAACCAGCAAUAACUUACAGAGUUAUCUAAAUUCCCUCCAACAGUUAAUAAAUCAGUGGAGAAACAGAGUAAAUGAACUGAAAAAUCUAAAUACAUCGGCUAACAUAGCUUCGCUCUCAGAUGUAAAGGGUGGAGUAAAUCAAGCAGCAGCUACAUUUGGAUUUGGCAGUAUGCAAGGAAUAACAUUUGGGCCACCAGGUUUUCCAGUGCAUAACAGCAGCAGUGCUAAUGCUCAGAAUUUUAGUUUUAAACCAAGCUCUGGAUUUGCCUCUGCCGCUUCUGGAAGUCCUUCUGUGUUUGGGAAUACUCCAGCGUUUGGAGCCGCACCCCCUGCCAGUUCUGCCAUCACUACUUCCACUCCAACAUUUGGAUUUGGGAAACCUGCAAUCACAUCUGCUGCUUCAUUUUCUUUUAAAAGUCCUGCAGCUUCCGGUUUUGGAUCACCUGGAUUUUCAGGAUUUCCAGCUCCCAUGGCAGCAGGCUCUGUUGGAGCCCCAGCCUUUGGAAGUGGCAAUUCUGUGGCUGGUUUUGGUAAUCUAGGCUCACAUUCUCACAGUGCUUUUUCCAAGUCAUCCAGUGACACCUUUGGAAAUAGCAGCAUAUCCACCUCUUUACCAGUCUCAAAUGGCAGCAUCACAACAGAUAAUGUGUUAUUCACACCCAAGGAUCAACUAACAGCAGAAGAACUGGAGCAGUUUCAAUCCAAGAAAUUUACUCUGGGAAAAAUUCCAUUAAAGCCACCACCUGUGGAACUUCUAAAUAUCUGAAAGGACAAUUUUAAAUACAGAAAGAACAGCUCUUAAAGUUGUUUUGAGUGGUUCAUAUAUAAUUUCUCUGAGUGGUUCAAAUAUAUACGUAUAUAUGUACAUAUACACGUUUAAGGAAUAUAAGCUUUCAAUAGUAACUUCAGGGGUUUUGAAAUUCAAUAUUUUUUUCAUAAAAAAUACUCAAGAGGUUUUUUUUUUUUUUACUUUAAUUAUGAAUGGAACUGGAAAAACUGUCCGUGUGCACUGAAUAAAGUGCUUUUCUCAUUCUA